CGCAGGCAGAGGGCGGGGCGUCACCUCAGAGGUUAGUAUAGACAACAGGCAGCUGAGUGUGUGUGUGCGUGUGUCUUUAUUGUGUUCCUGUGGCAGUUUUAGUCACACAAACACAUCCAGUCUUCAACAUGUCGGCGAUCUGUGUCUCCCUGAGUCGGAAUCUUCUGGUUGCCAGGAGCUGUGGCGUCAUGGUGAUGGGGCGGUCAGUUCAGACAGCAGCUGCUCCGGUUACUGAACCCAGAAUCAAGAAGUUCCAGGUUUACCGCUGGGACCCCGACAGCGCCGGAGACAAACCCCGAAUGCAGACUUAUGAAAUUGAUUUAGACAGAUGUGGCCCAAUGGUUCUGGAUGCCCUCAUUAAGAUUAAGAAUGAGAUGGACCCCACGCUCACAUUCAGACGCUCAUGCCGUGAGGGUAUUUGCGGCUCAUGUGCCAUGAACAUUAAUGGAGGCAACACGCUGGCGUGUCUUAAUAAGAUCGACACAAACACCAACAAACCAACCAAGAUUUACCCACUUCCACACAUGUAUGUGGUCAAAGAUCUGGUGCCUGAUAUGAGCAACUUUUAUGCACAAUACAAAUCCAUUGAGCCCUACCUGAAAAAGAAGGAUGAAGCUCAAGAAGGGAAGGAGCAGUAUUUCCAGUCGGUGGAGGACAGACAAAAACUGGACGGCCUCUACGAAUGCAUCCUCUGUGCUUGCUGCAGCACCAGCUGUCCCAGCUACUGGUGGAACGGAGACAAAUACCUGGGACCUGCCGUCCUGAUGCAGGCGUAUCGUUGGAUGAUUGACUCCCGUGAUGAAUUCACUGAGGAACGUCUGUCUAAACUUCAGGACCCCUUCUCGCUCUACCGCUGCCACACCAUCAUGAACUGCACGAAGACUUGUCCCAAGGGACUCAACCCAGGAAAGGCCAUUGCAGAGAUCAAGAAAAUGAUGGCGACUUACCAAGAGAAGAAAGCAGCAGCAUCGUGAAAACCAUGCUCACUAAAUAUCCAUGAAGAAUACCUCAAUAUAAGUUAACAGGCGAAGAGCAGAGAAGCACCUUUCAUCAUUUAAUGAGUGUGAUUGUGAGGCAGAAGGAAACAGGAAUGUGUUAAUGUUAGAAAAAUGUGAUGGAGCCUCAAGCUAAAUAUUUUUGAGUGAUGGAGCAUGGACCACAUAUCUGCUAUUUGUGUGCAUUUGUGAAAAAGAUAUUACUGUUAUUACUCACAAAUAUCUUAUUAAGGCUGUACAUAUUUGUAUAUGUGUUCAUUAAAGAUGUGCUGAGCUCA